AUGAUACGCCGUUAUUAGAAAAAAUACAAGAAAACAUUCAGUCAAACAGAAAUAGAAAAUGGAAGAAGGGGGCAGUUUCGUAUUUUCAGUUACUGCAAUGCAUCCUCACACACCCGAACAAAUAUGGUCAAGCUUCUUCAUUUGGUCAUGUGAAAUUCUCAGUAUAUAAUUGCUCUCUCUCUCUUCAUUCCAUCGAGAUCGAACAACAACUUAGUGUUUCUUCAAUUGAUUCUGGUGACAUAUUUGCUUCAGAGUUUGCAUAAGGAUUUGGUCAUUUUCUGGGUGGCAAUUAUCUCGACUUGAUUUUGGUAGAUACUAUCUGAAUGGGAAUAAUGCAGCGCAGUGCGCCUAAAAGAUCAAAUAAUAGCACCCGAAUUGUCAUCACCGCAAUUAUGGGAAUUGCUUUCGGAUUUUUGGUUGGUAUUUCAAUUUCAUCUGCCCAUUUGACUAAGAUUAGCUUACUUUCAGGUGUAAAGAAUUCUUUUGGCAUACCUAUGUCUGAAAUAGAGAGAUAUUCAGCUGAAAUAGGCAGAAUUCGUGCUGUUAUUGACGAGUCUUCUGGAACCAAAAAUAUUGAAGCCCUAGGGUCAGUUAGGUUACCAAAGAUAAAUGUUUCGUCAAAUCCUCGUGGAGCUGAAUCACUACCCCCAGGAAUUGUUGUACCAGAAUCCGAUCUUUAUUUGCGCAGACUAUGGGGUGAUCCUAGUGAAGACCUAAAGAAAAAACCAAAGUAUCUACUAACAUUCACUGUUGGUUAUGAUCAGAGGCAUAAUAUCGAUGCUGCCGUGAAAAAGUUUUCUGAUGAUUUUGCAAUUUUGCUCUUUCAUUAUGAUGGUCGAACUAGUGAAUGGGAUCAAUUUGAGUGGUCAAAGAAUGCAAUCCAUGUUAGUGCAAGGAAACAAACAAAAUGGUGGUAUGCUAAAAGGUUUCUGCACCCCGAUAUAGUAUCGGCUUAUGAAUAUAUUUUUAUUUGGGAUGAAGAUCUUGGAGUGGAACACUUCAACGGGGACAAGUAUAUUAAUUUAGUCAUAAAGCAUGGUUUAGAUAUCUCUCAACCUGGUCUUGAGCCCAAUAAUGGAUUGACAUGGGAGAUGACAAAGAGAAGGGGUGACAGAGAAGUUCACACGGUCACUGAAGAGAAACCAGGAUGGUGUAGUGAUCCGCAUUUGCCUCCCUGUGCUGCAUUUGUGGAAAUUAUGGCGCCUGUUUUUUCUCGGGAGGCAUGGCGUUGUGUGUGGCAUAUGAUUCAGAAUGAUCUAGUACAUGGAUGGGGAUUGGACUUUGCCCUCAGAAGAUGUGUGCAGCAACCAGCAUAUGAAAAAAUUGGUGUAAUUGAUUCUCAAUGGAUUGUUCAUCAAGUAAUUCCAUCCCUCGGGAACCAGGGAGAGGCAGACAACGGAAAAAGUCCACGGGAGGCGGUCAAAACCAGAUGCAGAACUGAAUGGGCCCAGUUUCAAGCCCGCCUAACCGUUGCUGACAAGAUGUAUCUCCAAGAACUUACACCUAAUGGAAAGGGUUGAUAUAUUUUUGUGUAUUGAUUUAUCUCUCUUAGUGCAAUUUUCGGUUAUUUUAAUUUUUUCUUUUUUUAAUAUUUUUUCCUUUUUCCAAUCGAAAACGAAUCUUAUUAGUUACUUACGAAGUUUUGAGGUGAUUGUCAAGUUGAAAAAUAAGUACGUACGAGAGAAAAGCCAAUUAUUAUCAUAUCUUGGUUUAGGUUUGAAAUAAAGUAACCAAAAACCAAUUAUUAUCA